AUGAGGGAAUGCCCAGUGCUCUACCCUACGCUUGAGGACAUCCAGAAGCCAUUUGAGGCCUUUAUAGAAAAACAUGAAUAUUCAAUAGCACAAGCAGGAAUAGCCAAGAUUGUGGCGCCGGAGGGCUGGUCGCCGCGACGGCAGGGCUACCCCGAUGACCUGGACUUCAACAUCGAGCGCCCGAUUAGGCAACAUGCCACAGGCAGUCGGGGGCUGUACAGGGGGUUGUACAUCGAGGAGAAGCCCAUGAGCUUGAGCAGGGAUUUCAGACCGCAGGCUCUUGCUCCGGAGAACCUCCCCCCCCCGGCCUCCGGUCCGGGGGAUCUUGAACGCAAGUACUGGAAGAACGUCACUCUGAGGCCGCCAUUGUACGGCGCCGACGUACUUGGUUCCCUGUUCGAUCCCGAUUGCGAGGCGAGAGGAUGGAACCUGCGCCGACUUGACACGGUCCUUACCCGGGUAUUGGACGCGGCGGGUCAGUCCGUUCCCGGAGUCAGCGAGCCGUACUUGUACUUUGGAACUUGGAGGAGCACGUUUGCCUGGCAUACGGAGGAUGUGGACCUUUACUCCGUCAACUACCUGCAUUUCGGAGCGCCCAAGCAAUGGUACUGCAUUCCGCCGUGCAGCCGCAAGCGCUUCGAGGGCCUUGUGAAGGGCAUGCUGCCGGACAUGUUCAAGGCCUGUCAAGAGUUUUUCCGACACAAGGAGCUCAUCAUUAGCCCGCAGCUUCUAGAUACACACGCCAUUCCGUACAUCAAAACCGUACAACACCCUCGCGAGUUCAUCAUUAAUUUUCCCGGUGCCUACCACGCCGGCUACAACUGCGGCUACAACUGCGCCGAGUCGGUUAAUUUCGGGACUCGAUGGUGGGUCCCGGUGGGCGCUAAGUCGGCGGUGUGCAAGUGCAAUCCAGACAGCGUCUUCAUUGACAUGCGCCUGUUCCGGUGA